CCACAGUGACCACUUUAGGUUCCUAUGAGGUGUCUGAGAGCUGUGAGAGGAAGAAGGGCCAGCGCUGGGGGUCUCUGGAACGGCGCGGGAUGCAAGCUAUGGAGGGGGAGGUGUUACUCCCAGCUCUGUAUGAGGAAGAAGAGGAGGAAGAGGAAGAGGGUGAAGAGGUGGAAGAAGAAGAACAAGUUCAGAAGGGCAGCAGUGUCAGCUCUCUGUCAGUUGGCAAGCACCGGGGCCUGAGCCUCACGGAGACAGAGCUGGAGGAGCUGAGGGCUCAGGUGCUCCAGCUGGUGGCAGAGCUGGAGGAGACUCGUGAGCUGGCAGGGCAGCAUGAAGAUGACUCCCUGGAGUUACAAGGACUCCUGGAGGAUGAACGACUGGCCAGUGCCCAGCAGGCUGAGGUGUUCACCAAGCAGAUCCAGCAACUCCAAGGUGAACUGCGGCAUCUACGGGAGGAGAUUUCCCUAUUAGAGCGUGAGAAAGAAAGUGAACUUAAGGAAAUAGAACAGGAAUUGCAUUUGGCCCGAUCUGAGAUCCAGAAUCUGCGGCAAGCCGCAGCAGAUUCCGCAACUGAACAUGAGAGUGACAUGGCAUCCCUGCAGGAUGACCUCUUCAGGUUGCAGAAUGAGCUCGAAGACAUGGAACGCAUUCGAGGGGAUUAUGAGAUGGAGAUCGCUUCACUCCGUGCAGAAAUGGAAUUGAAGGGCUCUGACCCAUCUGAGAGUUUAAGUGUCUCAGAAUUCCCUGGGUUGCAAGAAGAAUUACAGCAACUGCGGGAACGCUACCACUUUCUGAAUGAGGAGUACCGGGCCCUGCAAGAGAGCAACAGCAGCCUUACUGGACAGCUCGCUGAGCUGGAGAGUGAGAGGCUGACAGAAUUGCAGGACAAGUUCAAGACCAGUCAGAAGGAGAUGGGGCAUCUGCAGAUGGAGCAGUGUGAGCUCCUGGAGGAUCAGAGGAGGCUGCAGGAGGAGCAGGGCCAGCUGCAGGAAGAGCUGCACAGGCUCACAUUUCCACUACCCAAAUGUGGCCUCUACCGUAAGAGUCAGGAUCUGCUUAAAAAGUUACAAGACCUGUGUGAACUGCAGCUACUGUACCAAGGCAUGCAGGAUGAACAAAAAAAACUGAUACAGAACCAAGAGUGUGUAUUAAAAGAACAGCUAGAGCUGCACAAAGAGCUGCAAGAUGUCAAAGACUCCAAUGUCCAGGAACUGUUGGAGAACCAUGAAGAUGCCAAAUAUCCUAAGUCCUCAAAUUGUGAGAAUAAGCAGCCCAAGUUGCUCAUAGAACAACUGCAGGCUCUGCAGGUGCUGUAUAACUCGAGUCACACAGAACAGGAGCUUUUGCAAUUGGAACAUGGGCGGCUCUCGGAGGAGCGGAAAAGGCUGCAGGCCGACUUGCAGCUCUGCCUAGAAGAAAUGCAGCUGCUUCAAGUACAGUCCCCUGCCAUUAGAAAGAGCCUUGAGGUCUACAGGAAGAGCUGUGCCAGCAAUGACAACUUACAGAGGAGUUAUGACAGCACCAUCGAUGAGAAUGACAGCUAUCAGAAGAGUUACGGUAGCACUCAAGUCAGCAAUGAGAACUUCCUCAAGAGCUAUGACAGUGGCACCAAUUCCAAUGAGGCCUACCAGAAGAGUUACAGCUCUAGCAGCUGUGUUUCCCUUAAGAAGAGUUACAGCAGCCCUAGUAGUUCUGAGACCUUUCAGAGGAGUUAUACCAGCAGCAAUCCUGAUGAGGAGCCAGCUGAUCCUGAAGACUUAGAGCAAUUUGAGGAAUUGGUGGCCAAGGUGCUAACCAAGCUGCAGGCAGUACAGGCCCUGUACCAGGUGAGCCAGGAGGACCACUGCCAGCUGCAAAAGCAGAUGAACAAGCAGCUAUGCAAGCAGACAGAGCUGAAGGAAGAGCUGAACGAGUGUGAGAGGGAAUUGAAGGCAUGCAUUGACACCUGUGAAAAACCUGCAGCUCCCCAGUGCGACAAGAAUGAGAUCAAAGAACUGCAGACCAAGCUUCGGGAGCUGCAGCUGCAGUACCAGGCUAGCAUGGACGAGCAGGGGCGGCUUCUGGCAGUGCAGGAGCAGCUGGAGGGGCAACUGCAGUGCUGCCAGGAAGAGCUCCGUCAACUCAAAGAGAGAAAGCCCUCCUCUGGCAAAGAUACCAGGGGAAAGAAUGGCAAUAAGAAUAUGAACAAGAAUGCCAAUGGGGUUAAAAAGAAAAAGGCAGUUAGCCAGUGCCCAGACAGUUCCGAGGACAGCUUUGAUAAACAAAAGAGUCUGGAGGUUUUACUGUACUACAAGGCCAGUCAGACGCAAUUAGAACAGCUAGACUGUGAGAAAGAGAAAGAAGAGACGGGAGAAGAAAAAAGAAAACGAAUGCACGCUAUGAAGGAGGCAUGUUACGACCUAGCUGCUGGGGAAAUUAAGCCAACAGAUGGUCAGGGUGAAGUUGAAGAGCACAAAGAACCAGGGGAUAAGGAAGACGAUGAUGACGACGAUGAUGAUGAUGACGAAGAUGAAGAUGAAGAUGAUGAUGAUGACUCUUCUGAAACAGCUGACGAUGGCAAUCCCCUUAAUAUUUCUGAGAGCAAAAAGAACAUGUUUGGGAUGUGGAAGCCUAUGGUAUUCUUGGCUAUCGCAGCUGUGGCUCUUUACGUUUUACCCAACAUGCGACCGCAGGAGACAGAGUUCUGCCUCCUGGAGUGAUGCAGACCUGGGCCAGCCCUGAGGGCAUAUCCCCAGCAGCCGCUACCCUCACCUUUGGGCAGGACACACUGUGCCAGAGCUCCCACCCCACCCACGUGUCCCGUGUGUCUCCACCUCCUUGCCUCAGUCACUUAGGCUCGAAAGGCCAAGAGGAGUUGCUGCUGGCUCCCACUUUCUGCCUUGUAUAAGA